AUGUGGGAGCUGCUGACCCUUGUUGGCUCAUCUCAGCCAGGCAGGGCCAGCUCCAGGCACCAGCCCACCAAGCUUGUGCUUGGGGCGGCACCUGGAAGGGGGUGGCGCGGUGCUCCGGCUCUGGCCGCUGGCGAGAGCGGAGCCCCGGCCGGGCUCGCCGCCCUCCUCCCGGGGCUCUGUACUCCAUCAAACUGUAACUGGGAUUUUCUGCCCUUUGUAUGUGAUGGCUGUUCAGGAGUUUUUUGCCUUCAACAUAGAAGCCGGGAUUCUCAUGGCUGUUCUGAGGUGAAUAUAAGAAGCGAGAGCAUGAAAUUGGACGAACAUCGAUCUUACCCAUGCACGUAUAAGGGCUGCAAUGGAAAAGAGCUUUUACCAGUUUUAUGCCCCUACUGCAAGAAACAGUUUUGCUUAAGACACCGUCAUCAGUCAGACCAUGAGUGUGAGAAACUGGAUACCCCUAAACCUCGCAUGGCUGCUACUCAGAAGCUAGUUAAAGAUAUUAUAGAUUCUAAAAAGGAGGAGGCAGUAAGAAGCAAAAGACGGAAAGGAGCAAAAAACAGUGAAACAGCAGCAAAGGUGGCACUAAUGAAACUGAAAAUGCACGCAUGUGGGGAUAAGUCCUUGCCACAGACAGAAAGAAUUUACUUUCAAGUGUUUUUACCUAAGGGAAGCAAGGAGAAGAGCAAAUCCAUGUUCUUUUGCAGUAAGUGGAGUAUUGGCAAAGUAGUUGAUUUUGCAGCUUGCUUAGCAGACCUUAAAAAUGACAACAACAAAUCAACAGCCAAGAAAUUAAGGCUGUGUCAUACUGCAUCUGGAGAAGCUUUGCCAUUGGACCACACAUUGGCUACUUGGCUAUCCAAUCAAGAGUGUCCAUUAUAUAAUGGUGGAAACAUUAUUCUGGAAUACCUUGAUAAUGAAGAUCAGUUUAUAGAAGAUACAAAUUCAUAUUUAGAGUAGCUAAUUGGUGAACUGGAUGGAAACAAAGAUCACCAGAAAAAACACUGAGAUAAAGCCAACCACAACUUACAUUUAGAAUGGGUUAAGGCCUCAUUCGGCCCUCAGCCACCCAGACACAAUUCCCACCAACUUCAGUGGGAGUUGCAUCUGCAUAACUGUGGGUAGAAUUGAGCCCUAUCUCUAAAAAUAAAUGUAUAUUUUUAAUGUAGAACAGUUGUGGUUACUUGAAACAAUAGUUUAACCCAUUUAAUAAAUAUUUGAUGUCGGUCAAUUUGAAAUAGUUAUAAGACAGAAAGUAUUCCAGUCACAACUGGCACAGGAUGCCUAUGGCAAGUAAACUAACUAAUCCACUAGCUACCAAAACUUGGGAGUGGUUGAUACUGCUAAAAAGAGAAUGGAUUGGUAAGUGGACAUCACCUCUGUGACAUGAAUCUUUCCAUUUAUUUUAUUCUAUUGCCAUUAUGCAACCAAAUGAAAUUUUUAUCUUUGGUUUUGUAUUUUAAAGUAUUUUUUUGUACAUUACAAAGUAUUGAUGAAAACAAUAAAUGAAUUAAUAAUGUAAACCAGCAGAGUGAACCAUUAACUAAAGAGAUAAGAAGCUGCUUAUAUUAUUGGAGGGGAUAUCUGGUUUGACCUAGAGCCCUUCUUCAUUCUACAGCUCCCUCUUUUGUCGCUAAACAGAGUGACAGCCCUACAAAACAGAACAGUCCAGUACCUUUCUAAAGCAUGACAGUAAUGUAUGUUUUAUUCUCUAUUUCUUCCUUUUAAGAAAGUACAGGACAGAGUUUGAAAAAAAACUAACCCAUGUUUUACAAGCUCACAUGUGAGGCAGUAUUGUCCAGUGGUUAGGGAGCUAACCUACAACAUGGGAGACCUGGGAUCAAGUCCCUACAUGGUCACAGACUUCCUAUAAGACCUUGGACUUAGUCUCUCUGUUCUUCAAUUUUCCAUCUGUAAAAAGGAGAUAAUAGCAUUUUCCUACAUCUCAGGGGUAUUAUAUUUAUCCUUAUAUUAAAGAUUCUGAGGCACUUAAUUACUGAGGUAAUUGGGGCUAUAUAAGUACAAAAGACAAGCAAGUUUUCAUAACAUGUAAAAUGCUAUUUAGCUAAUGAGAGUAGAUAUUUGAGUUUAAACAGGUGUUUUCUCCCAGACAGGGAUCCAUGUCCGAUGCGGCACAUUCAACACAAUAAUGUUACAGGCAGGCACUGCAGGUUUAUGCAGCAGAAAGCUCAGCUUUCUACAUUUUCAUACAUAUUGUAUUGUGUUGUAAUUGAAAUCAAAGUGUAUAUUAUCUUUAUUACAAAUAUUUACAGCGUAAAAAUCAUAGACAAAAGUAAUAAUAUUUUUCAGUUCACCUCAUACAAUCUGUAGUGCAAUCUUUGUCGUGAAAGUGCAGCUUACAAAUGUAGAUUUUUUUUUUUGUUACAAAAUGGCACUCUAAAACAAAAUCAUGUAAAACUUGAGCGCCUAUAAGUCCACUCAGUCCUACUUCUUGUUCAGCCAAUCGCUAAGACAAACAAGUUUGUUUACAUUUACAGGAGAUAAUGCUGCCCUCUUCUUAUUUACAGUGUCACUUAGGGUUACCAUAUCUCAUAAAUAAAAAGAGGACCCUCCACAGGCCCUGGCCCCGCCCAUUUCCCCACCCUAACUCCGCCCCCUCUUCCCUUCCACUCCCAGCCAGGGGGAAAGGGCUGCCCCAGUGCUACCGGCUUCAGGGUUUGCCGGGCAGCCCCCAGACCCUGCGCCCCUAGCCAGCGCUUCCCCAGCGCAGCUGGAGCCCAGCCCGGCAAACCCUGAAGCCGGUAGCACUGGGGCUUUGGGCAGUUCUCACUUUCUAGUGACAUUAGGGUUACCAUACGUCCUCUUUUUCCUGGACAUGUCCGGCUUUUCGGCAGUCAACCCCCCGUCCGGGGGGAAUUGCCGAACAUGUCUGGGAAAAUGGCGGCUCUGCUCCUCCCUGGCUCUGUGUAACUGACACAGUGUAAAUUACGCAGAGCCGCUGCGGCUGGAAGCUCUGCUCCUCCCCGGCUCUGGUUAAGAGCCGGGCUGCCCGAGCGCUACCGGGCAGCCCCCGUGCCUCCGGACCCUGCGCCACCGGAGCCCAGGCGGGGAAGUGCCCAGCUGGAGGCACGGGGGCUGCCCGAAGCCGGUAGCGCUCGGGCAGCCUGGCUCUUAAACAGAGCCGAAGAGCCGAGGAGGAGCAGAGCCGCCAUUUUCCCGGACAUGUUCGGCUUUUUGGCAAUUCCCCCCGGACGGGGGUUUGACUGCCGAAAAGCCGGACAUGUCCGGGGAAAAAGAGGACAUAUGGUAACCCUAAUGUCACUAGAAAGGGAGAACAGGCAUUUGCAUGGAACUUUUGUAGCUAGCAUUGCAAGGUAUUUACAUGCCAGAUAUGCUAAACAUUUGUAUGCCCCUUCAUGCUUCGGCCACCAUUCCAGAGGACACGCUUCCAUGCUGAUGGCGCUCGUUAAAAAAAUAAUGCAUAAAUUAAAUUUGUGACUGAACGCCUUGGGGGGGAUUUGUAUGUCCCCUGCUCUGUUUUACCCGUAUUCUGCCAUAUAUUUCAUGUUAUAGCAGUCUCGGAUGAUGACUCAGCACAUUUUGUUCAUGUUAAGAACACUUUCACUGCGGAUUUCACAAAAUGCAAAGAAGGUACCAAUGUGAGAUUUCUAAAGAUAACUACAGCACUCGACCCAAGGUUUAAGAAUCUGAAGUGCCGUCCAAAAUCUGAGAGGGACGAGGUGUGAAGCAUGCUUUCAGAAGUCCUAAAAGAGCAACACUCCGAUGUGGAAACUACAGAACCUGAACCACCAAAAAAGAAAAUCAACCUUCUUUUGGUGGCAUCUGACUGAGAUGAUGAAAAUGAACAUGCAUCGGUCUGCACUGCUUUCGAUAUUAUUGAGCAGAACCCAUCAUCAGCAUCGAUUGCAUGUCCCCUGGAAUACUGGUUGAAGUAUGAAGGGACAUAUGAAUCUUUGGCACAUCUGGCAUGUAAAUAUCUUGCAACGCCAGCUACAACAGUGCCAUGAGAACACUUGUUCUCACUUUCAGGCGACAUUUUAAACAAGAAGUGGGCAGCAUUACCUUCUGCAAAUGUAAACAAACUUGUUUGUCUGAGCGAUUGGAAGUAGGACUGAGUGGACUUGCAGGCUCUAAAAUUUUACAUUGUUUUAUUUUUGAAUGCAGUUAUUUUGGACAUAAUUCUACAUUUGUAAGUUCAACUUUCAUGAUAAAGAGAUUGAACUACAGUACUUGUAUCAGAGGGGUAGCCGUGUUAGUCUGGAUCUGUAAGAAGCGACAAAGAGUCUUGUGGCACCUUAUAGACUAAUAGACGUAUUGGAGAAUAAGCUUUCGUGGGUGAAUAUCC